AUGCGAGCUGUCCUCAAGAUGUCCUGGUCUCUGAUCCUGAUGCUAUUGAGCGAUCACUUUAUUCCUACGACCCACGCAGCCUUCAUACCCAUGCCACACCCCGUCAGGCGAGACAUUGCUGCGGGUCAAUCUGUCCAAUCACACAAGCUGUCGACAGAGGCGUUACUGACGCUUAUCGGCGUAUGCGUGGCUGUCUUGGGCAUAGCGCUCGCUCUUGUACAAACCUGGUCUAGCCUCAAAAUGGGAUGGGGAAUGGGCAGAUCUCGACGCUUCUAUCUAUACCAGCGCUCUCGUUCUCUCCAUACGGCUGGCUCUGCGAUCACCCUUGUUGGCGCUUACGAGGAUCCCGCUGUCCCUGUCCACCCGGCUGAGUCUUGGACCCACAGCUCGAACGGCGAUGAGAUACCACGACCGCAACGCGUCCAGUCGUGCUACACUGAGCAACAACGUGCACUGAUGCGGCGCACACACAUGUCUUGA